AUGGCAGCCUUCGAGCCCGAGACGCUCGCGGGAGCCGGCAGCGGCGGUGGCGGUGGCGGGGCCUGCGGCAACUGCCGCUGCGACAGUGAGUCGUCCACGGAAAAUGCCGUGGAAAGCAGCAGCGCCGGCAGCGGCGGCGGCAGCGAUGCCGCUGCUGGGGAGAAGGUGACGUUGGAAACGGAUGAACCGGCAAACUCCAGAGUCACCGAACCGGCGGCAGCGGCAGCAGCGGCGGCGACGGCGGCGGCGGCGCUGGCGGCACCGCUAGCAUCAGCUCCCCCGGCGUCGCCAGAGCCCAUGACGACGGCGACGACGAUGACGAAUUUGGAGGCGGGAGAGGUGGGAACGAGGGAAAGGGCGGAAGCGGAGACGUGA